AUGAUCAAAACAAACCUGGAUUAUCAAGCAGAAAAAAGGUUGGCCAUUUUCUUAUUGCUACAAAUGUCUUGGGAUGUGGUCCUGAGUCAGCUGCAUUAUAUCAUCCCUGAGGAAUCCCAACACGGCACAUUUGUUGGAAGAAUUGCACAGGAUCUGGGACUGGACUUAGGUGAGAUUAAUUCCAGAAUGUUACAUAUUUCCUCUAGAAAAGAGAAAGAAUAUUUCCAGGUUAAUCUUCAAAAUGGAAUUUUGUUUGUUAAAGAGGCAAUAGACAGGGAAUUAUUGUGUCCAAAUACACCUUUUUGUAUAAUAUCUCUGCAGGUCAUUGUAGAUAAACCUGUGCAAAUGUAUCAUGUAGAUGUUGAAAUAGAAGAUAUAAAUGACAAUGGUCCAAUUUUCUCCUCCAAAGAAUACAACUUUCUGAUAUCAGAGCUCAGACCUGCAGGAUCUUCUUUUCCAUUAAAGAGAGCUGCAGAUCCAGAUCUUGGAACAAAUUCUAUUACAAACUAUGAGCUCAGUGCCAAUGACUGUUUUACAUUGGAUUUUCAAAAACACAUGAACCAGAUCAGAUCUUUAGAGCUUGUACUAAAGAAAUCUUUAGACAGAGAAAAGCAGUCUGUUCACAAUCUAACGCUUAUAGCUUAUGAUGGAGGAAAGCCAAGAUUAAGUGGUACAACCAAAGUAAUCAUUACUGUUGAAGAUGUAAAUGAUAAUGCUCCUACUUUCAAUCAGCCAUUUUAUCAAAGCAGUGUAACAGAACAUGCUGGAAAGGGAUUUUUGGUGUUUACUUUAAAUGCUACAGAUUUGGAUCAAGGAAAAAAUGGAGAAAUAUUUUAUGAAUUUAGCAGCAUGGGAAUGGAGGAAAUUAGUAGAAUUUUCAGUGUAGAUAAAAACACAGGAGACAUUACAGUAAAAGGUGAGGUUGACUUUGAAGAAGCAAAUAUGUAUGAAAUUCAAAUUGAUGCUAUUGAUAAUGGGGAACACCCAAUGGUUGGUCACUGCAAAGUUCUAGUGACUGUUAUAGAUGUUAAUGACAAUCCUCCAGAGAUGGCAGUGAAAUCAUUAUUGGUUCCAGUACCAGAGGAUUCUCCUCAAGGGACAACAGUUGCUAUCAUUAAUAUACAUGAUAGGGAUUCAGGGACCAAUGGAAAAGUAAACUGCUUUAUUUCUGAUCACACUCCUUUCAAAAUUAAUCAAGCCAUUUUGGGAGUUUUUGCUGUGACUGUGAAUGGGGCCUUGGAUCGUGAAAGAAGAGAUGAAUACGAAGUUGUCCUAACUGCUAAAGAUGAAGGUUCUCCUUCAUUGUCAGUUUCAAAAAUUCUUAAAAUUACAAUAAGUGAUGCGAAUGACAAUGCCCCCCAUUUUCUGCAGCCAGCUGACACAAUUUUCAUCAAAGAAAACAAUCCACCAGGCACUCUUUUCUAUACAGCAGUUGCCUCAGACCUGGAUGUAGGACAGAACUCUUUUCUCACAUACUCAAUUGUUGACAGUACUAUUAACAGCAUCCCCAUAUCAUCCUACAUCUCCAUUAAUCCAGAAAAUGGAAAGUUAUUUGCUUUAGUCUCAUUUGAUCAUGAACAAGUCAAAUAUUUUCAGUGUUUCAUUAAAGCAAUUGAUGCUGGUUUACCUCCCCUCAGUUCAAACCUUACAUUAAAUAUUUUCAUUGAAGAUAUAAAUGAUAAUGCUCCUAUCUUCUCUCCACUUUAUUCUGAAUUGACAAUUAAAACUCCAAAGUCAGCACAAUCUGGACAUCUGGUAGCUAAAGUGAAAGCAGUAGAUCACGACUCUGGGUAUAAUGCAUUGAUAUCAUAUUAUUUGAAAGAGCUUACUGGAAAAACAACAUUUAUCAUAUCUCAACAAACUGGAGAAAUAAGCUUAAAACGUGCAUUAACAGAGUUUGACAGUGAUGAAUACAGAUUUCACAUUGUGGCCCAGGAUCAUGGAGAGCCAGUUAUGACAGCUAUGACACAAAUCUUUAUUUCUUUGGUGGAAUCCGGAGAGGUGGCUCACUUUGACAAUCGUGAGUCCAAAGAUAGUUUUGAAGAAUUUUCUGAUACAAAUGUUUACCUAGUUAUUGCUAUUUGCAUAAUCUCAAGUGUUUUCCUUAUCACUCUAAUUGCAUUUACUGUGAUAAGAUGGCAAAAAUACAGGGAUGAAGUCAAUGAACUGAAGAAAAAUUACAAGAUCUGUUCCAAUACUGGAGGUAGUUGGGUAUAUUCACAGCAAACGCAGUACAGGGUAUGUUCAAAUUCUCUCAAAGACAGGAAUGACUUAAUAGUGUUUACUCCAAAUUCCUCUCACACUCCAACUAAUGAAGAACAAGCAAAUCAACAAGGGGCUGUACUUACUUCCUCAUAUAAGGUAAGGCAUAACAUAUAA